AUGAAUAAGGAUUCUCUAAUUUAUGGUUUAUUUUUUGGAGCGAUUCCAUUUUUAAUUGUUGUAUCAAAGUGGAGAAUUGACCAUUUGAAAUUUCGAAAGAUGGAGAGCUUAUACAAAAAACAAUUACAUUGUUUUACGGAGAUUGAAGAAUAGAAAAAGGAAUAAAAGCAGAAACACUUGAAAAACGAUGCAGAAUAAGGAGAUAGCAUAGAAUAUAGAUUAAUGAAUAUAUUGAUGAAAGACAAUCGUCUUAGAGUUAGGAAAAUUUGUAUAACUGGAGGUCCAUGUGCAGGUAAAACGACAGGGCUAAAUUAUCUUGCGGAAAAACUCAAAGAGAGAGGAUUUUCAGUCUAUAUAGUCCCAGAAGCAGCUACAACAUUGUUUAUGGGAGGAGGAAUGUUAGAUCUAGACAAUUAUUCAGCUGAAGGUAAAAUGACUUUUCAAAUGAAUUUACUAAAUUUAUAAAUGAAGUUAGAGCAUUGUUUCAACGUGCUUGCCAUGCUCUGUCCCCCGAAUAAGACUCCGGUAAUGUUAUGCGAUAGAGGAUUAAUGGAUGGCAAGGCCUAUAUGGAUCAAAACGAGUGGUACGAAAUGAUCGGAAAAUAUAACUUAGAAGAAGUCAAACUGAGAGAUGAGAGAUAUGAUGCUGUUGUGCAUAUGGUAACAGCCGCUGACAGCACCGAUUGCUAUAGUACCUUGAAUAACAAAGCACGUCAUGAAACUUAACAAUAAGCUUUGGAAAUGGAUCAUAAAACUCAAAGCGCUUGGUCUGGACAUCCAAACUUAAUUAAGAUUGACAACCACAGCGUUAAAUCUUUUAAUGACAAAUUAGAUUGGUUACUUAGAGAGGUUUUGAGAAUUUUGGGUCAUCCUAUUCCACAGAAGGAAAUCGGGAAAACAAGAUAAUUUUAUUUAGAGAAAGACAUGAAAUUCGAAAAUAUUCAAGAUGAACAUUAAAUUAUUGAAAUUAAAAAGACUUACUUAAUUCCAAAAUAUAAAAACUGUUCUCUUGUGUUGUUGCAAAGAAAACAUGAAGGAAGAUAACAAUUAUAUAUUAAAGAAAAGUUGUUCGAGAAUGAUACUAUGGUUAAAGCUAAUAUAAUCAAACUUGACAAGAAUGACUUCGAAUUAUUCAAGUAGAUAAAAGAUCCUAAUUAUUAUGAAAUAUCUAUUAAGAAAGUAUGUUUCACAUAUGAAGGAUAAUAUAUUGUCGUUAAUGAAUAUGUAGGAAGUUGCUAAGUCAUUAAAAUAAAAAAUUGUAAAGAGAAUUAAUAAAUUAAAUUUCCUCCAUAUGUAGAUUAAUAAGGUAUGGAAGAAUCAAACGAGAAAAUUACAGCUCGUCUUUUUGCGAAAAGAUUCAAGAACGAACUUGGUUUUCAACACAGAUCAAAUUCAGAUAAAUAUAAAUUCAGAAAAUUGUCUUUCACAGAUGAUAUCAAUGAGUAAGCCAUCAAAUAAGACCUUGAGGGGUUUAACUUAGAUUAAAAAGGAUCAGAUAAAAAUAAUCAAGUUCCCUAACCACAAUAAAAAUGAUUAAUAGUAUAUGUCCAUAAAAAGAACUAUAGUAUUUCACUUUUAUUA